AUGCUUGGCCUCUGGCAAGGAUUAUGGUUUAUACACUUGCGAGCAACUUCAAGCACCUUCAGCAUUUGCUCUUCAUGCCCUUGUUCUCUCAGCGCUGGAUCCAAGACUUCAAUAUGCUUUCCCUGGGACGUCAUCUCCCGUACCCACUGGACAAGUUCCUUGGACUUGGACAGGACCUCGACGGGCCUUUUCCCUGUGAGCAGCUCAAGCAACACCACUCCAAAACUGUAUAUGUCUCCCCUCAGUGUGGCCACCCAUGCGUGCCCGUACUCGGGAGGAAUAUAA